AUGUUAGUAUCUGAAUCUUUUAAAUUACAUGUUGUCGUCAUUACUACUACUACUACUACUACUACUACUACUACUACUACUACUACUACUACUACUACUACUACUACUACUACUACUACUACUACUACUACUACUACUACUACUACUACUACUACUACUACUACUACUACUACUACUACUACUACUACUACUACUACUACUACUACUACUACUACUACUACUACUACUACUACUACUACUACUACUACUACUACUACUACUACUACUACUACUACUACUACUACUACUACUACUACUACUACUACUACUACUACUACUACUACUACUACUACUACUACUACUACUACUACUACUACUACUACUACUACUACUACUACUACUACUACUACUACUUCGUAG